CCGGUUUUCGUUUGCCCUUUCACUCGCCUAGACUCCUACUUUCUGAAUCAAAUAUUUUGUCUUUUGGUAAUUUAAAGAUUCCAUUGAAAUCUAAAUUAGCUUUCAUAUCGGAUAAGAGUUGUGAGAGUAUGAAUCACUCAGCUUCUGACCAAAGUCUCUACCUUGAGAGCGAGGAAGAAGAGGACGAGAGAAAGAACUUGUCCGAAGAAGAAGAUGAUGGAUCUGUUUCUGAUACUUCUGAUGCUUACAAUCAAAACCAUCAUCAGUCCAAAGCUAGCUCAUACUCAACGGCAUGGCCAAAGAGUUACAGGCAAUCAAUUGAUCUGUAUGGAAGUCUACCAUCUCCCAGUCCGGGAUUUCUUGGUAAUUCUUCAAUGUCAAGAUUCGGAAGCUCUUUCAUGUCCUUAACAAGAAGACACACUCCAGAAUCAUUACCUGCUGUAACAAAACCUCUGCUAGUAGAUGAAGAAGCACCGAAGCGUAAACAACGUAGCUCUCAUUCUCUGCUUCCUUCUAAAGCCUCAUCCAUGGUGUCUCAUGAAAUGGCAAUCUCCAACGAUAGCUCAUUUGGACAAGCUGUUCUUAAUGGAGUGAAUGUUCUAUGUGGGGUUGGAAUAUUGUCAACACCAUAUGCUGUCAAGGAAGGAGGAUGGUUGGGGCUUCUCAUUCUCUUUGCAUUUGGCAUUCUUUGUUUCUACACUGGUUUGCUUUUGCGUUACUGCCUCGAUAGCCACCCCGACCUCCAGACCUAUCCCGAUAUUGGCCAUGCCGCUUUUGGUACCACCGGCCGCAUUCUUGUCUCCAUAAUACUCUAUCUGGAGCUAUAUGCUAUGAGUGUUGAAUACAUAAUUUUGGAAAGUGACAAUCUAUCAUCAUUAUUUCCAAAUGCUGCUCUAAGCAUUGGAGGGUUUCACUUGGAUGCGCCUCAUCUAUUUGCUCUGCUUACCACCCUCGCUGUUCUCCCCACCGUGUGGCUUCGAGAUCUCAGUAUAUUAAGUUACAUUUCAGCUGGAGGGGUGAUUGCAUCAGUUUUAGUGGUUAUGUGCUUGUUUUGGAUUGGAUUGGUUGAUGAAGUUGGAAUUCACAGCAAGGGAACUCCUCUAAACCUAGCAACAUUACCGGUUUCUGUAGGACUCUAUGGAUAUUGUUACUCAGGACAUGGUGUUUUCCCAAAUAUUUAUACUUCUAUGGCCAAACCUUCUCAGUUCCCUGCGGUUCUCUUGACUUGUUUUGGAAUAUGUACUUUGAUGUAUGCGGGUGUCGCUGUUAUGGGAUAUAGCAUGUUUGGAGAAUCAAUAGAAUCACAGUUUACUCUUAAUCUGCCUCAAAAUUUGGUUGCUUCUAAGAUUGCUUUGUGGACCACAGUAGUCAAUCCAUUUACCAAAUAUGCUUUGACAUUAUCUCCGGUCGCAAUGAGUCUUGAGGAGUUGAUACCAUCAAACCAUGGCAAGUCACGUUUCUAUGCGAUCGCCAUUAGAAGCGCAUUGGCCUUCUCUACUCUUCUCGUUGGUCUUGCAAUUCCCUUCUUCGGCCUUGUCAUGUCAUUGAUUGGAUCAUUCUUGACCAUGCUCAUUACAUUGAUACUACCGCCCGCUUGUUUCUUGAGCAUCUUAAGGACAAAAGUAACCCCUACACAGGUGACGAUCUGUAUCUUAAUUAUCACAGUAGGAGCAGUUUGUUCAGCUAUUGGCACAUAUUCAGCUCUUUCAAAGAUCAUUGAGAAGUUGUACACCUAAAAAUGAUCACUUUCUUUACCAAAAUAAAUAUAAUAAUAACGAUUAUUUUACCCAUUUUCUUUAAGUUGAUUGAGAAAUUAGCUAAUUGGGAAUACACACUAUCACCUUCUUUAACUUAUUC